AUGCAUUUCGCUUACCCCCCACGCAAAGACUCCAAUGCGGCCGCGUUCAAACCGCGGGCGUCAUCGUCCCGGUUGCCCUUCAUACGUCGCGGCCGCAAGCGGGUGCUUGCCCUCGGUGCGCUCUUCUUCUUCGGCAUCAUCUACUUCUUGACACGGCCCAGUAGCCGGCAUAGAGGCGCCAACCCCUGGAUGGCGGCACAUCUCAAGGCUGCCAAGGAGGAGGGUACUGGCAGCACCAUGCCGGGCGUCGGCGACCACAAGGCACCUACGGCGGCUGACGGUAACCCGUUCGGCGCCGACUUCUCGGCGGCAACCGAAAACCUUGCCUCCUUUGGCAAGGCGCCGACUGUCGUGCUCGUCACCGUGUACGACGAAACCAACUUCCACCGCGCAUACCUCGACACCAUUCGCGAGAACCGCCGGCAGUAUGCUAAGAAACACGGCUACGGCACCUUCUCGCCCAAGGUCGGCUACUACAACCUCAAUGGCUCGCCGCUGUCGUGGACCAAGGUCGUGGCUAUGCGUCAUGCACUCACGCUCUUCCCCGAGAGCACGUACUUUUGGUUCCUGGACCAGAACGCGUUUGUCAUGAACAUGGACAAGAGCAUCGAGGGCGACAUUAUGGCGCCGGCCAAGAUCGACGCGGCCAUGCUCAAGGACUUCCCCGUCGUGCCGCCCGACAGUAUUAUCAAGACGUUUGGCCACCUCAAGGGCCAGGACGUGGACUUUUUGCUGACGCAGGACUACGACGGCCUGUCGACGUCGAGCUUCAUCGUCCGCAACGGCGAGUGGGCGCGCUUCUUCUUUGAGACUUGGUUCGACCCGCUGUAUCGGUCCUACAACUUCCAAAAGGCGGAGACGCACGCAUUGGAACACAUUGUCCAGUGGCACCCGACGCUCCUGUCCAAGAUGGCCCUCGUGCCGCAGCGGACCAUCAACGCCUACAGCAAGGUCGAGCACGGCGCCAAGUACGAGACGGGCGACCUGUCGGUCCGUGUCGUUAGCUGCAUUCGCACGAGCUCGGCCGUUUGUGAGAACGAGGCCGCUCCGUUUAUCCAGCUCUGGCGUGGCAGCGACAAACAGCAACAGGCGGCAUCAUAA